AUGGCAGACGAAAAUACAAUUAAUGUCGUACUGAAAGUUGUACGUAAGGCAAAUCGAACAAAAUAUGAUACAUACAGUCAACAAAAUGUAGAAAUGUUUGACAAUGUCGAUGAAUUGAAAGAGUUUUUGUUGCGCAAUUUUUCUGUGGAACUAUCACCUGCUACGACGACAAGCUCAUUCAAUCUUGGGUAUAUUGCUGGAACAAAUAGGCAGGUGGUGAUAGCAAACGACAUCAACCUGGCCGAAGCAUAUUCUGUUGCUAAAGCAGGUUGGAUAACACUGUGGGCAGAGGCAAUUGUACCCCCUGCAGUGGCAGCAUCAAGAGGAACCAAACGAAGCCUCUCCCAUGCAACUGAUGACCUGGCAACAAACCCCAGUGGUAAUGGUAUUUACUUAACUUGUACAUCAUUUGAAAAAUGUUGUCUGUCUUACAAUUUCCAGCUAGGUAAAGUUAUACUCAAAUAUAUAAUAUUAGGCUACAGCCUACAGUAGUAAUAAAAUACAAUUCAUAUCCAUAGGAUCAAAUUCUUCUGAAGCGGCAGGCUAUGAAAGUACAUUACAGCGACUCAAAACGAAGCAUAGUUCCGAUUACCCUAAAUUUAAACUUAGGGUUUGGGCUAAAAUGUUG